GAUGGCGAGAGUGGAACAAAUAUGGCUGCGCCCAUCGAGCCACUGCAGGACCAUUUGUCAACAGUGAAGCAUGUGUUGUUAGUUCUGUCAGGGAAAGGAGGGGUGGGCAAGAGCACUGUUUCCACCCAGAUUGCUCUUGCCCUUCGCAGUGCUGGCAAAAAGGUUGGGAUCCUGGAUGUUGACCUGUGUGGACCAAGCAUACCACGUAUGUUAAAUGUGGUUGGGAAGGAUAUCCAUCAGUGUUCAGAGGGGUGGGUGCCAGUGUUUGCCGACAAGGAACAGCGACUGGGAGUGAUGUCUAUCUCAUUCCUACUCCAGGAAGAAGACGAUGCCAUCAUUUGGAGGGGACCAAAGAAAAAUGCUAUGAUCAAGCAGUUUCUGGGGGAUGUGUAUUGGAAGGACAUUGACUACCUGGUGAUAGACACCCCACCUGGAACGUCAGACGAGCACAUCACGGUUGUGGAGACAUUGAGGGGUUACAACCCAGAUGGAGCUAUUGUAGUAACCACUCCUCAGGCUGUGGCAAUUGGUGACGUCAGAAGGGAGCUGACAUUCUGUAGAAAAACUCACAUUCCUGUUCUCGGCCUUAUCGAGAACAUGAGUGGCUUUAUCUGUCCUAAUUGCUCUGAAUGCACCAAUGUCUUCUCGAAAGGAGGUGGGGAAGCUCUAGCUAAACAGUUCAGUAUUCCGUUCCUAGGCUGUAUUCCACUUGAUCCAUUGUUAGCCCAGAGCCUGGAGAAGGGAGAGAGUUUUGUGGACACCUUUCCACAGUCAGCCACUCGAAAGGCCUUCAUGGAAAUUGUAGACAGACUGGUCGCUGUGGAGAAAGAUUACCCGUAAUAUGAAUACAGUUGUCUGUUUAAUACUACACAUUCCUGACUGCAAAGUACAUGAGUGUAUGUGUUAGAAAAGCUUUUUAUCACUGGUGAAAAAUUCAUAUUAAGAUGAAUUCACCAUUGCACUUUGUAGUUUCUGUUUGGUGCAUUCAACAACUGAAUUGGAGUGGCAUAAGCUUUGAUUCUUAUAGAUGUUGUCAAAGUUUUAAAUCACAUACUCACACAUUGCCGUUCGGCUGAAUGCUGCAGGUUGGUACUAGAAUAUUGCAUCUUGUGAAGGACACUAAAAGACGGUCAGGUGCUAAUUUGCCAUGACAGAUGUAGAAGUCCAUACUGCCGAUACAGUAUGGGCCCGAAGUCUUCGUUUCUCACCCCUUGGUGGACCCUAUUACUAAUCUUGGAUGGAAUAAAUCUUCACUCUCCUGUAUUCGUAUCCCAGUCACAUAUCAAGCUGAUGUUGAUUUUGAUUUGAUUUGCUAUUUUUUUUAAAUCCUGAAAGAAAAUACAUGUACAAGGAUCAUUUUAUUCGACAAGAAAAAAAAGAAGAAAACAUAAAAGCAUCGGUUUGGACGAAAUAAUUCUUGAGAAAAGUUCUCACUGUGUUUUUAAAUGUAAAAUACACCAUAUCUACAGUACAUGUGUGAUAAUGUAAUCGGUUGCACAAUAUCUUUUGUUUUAUUGUGUGAAACUGUGCCCUUAUUGUCAAUGAGAGUGGGCUUUUCUGUUACUCAUGCAAUAUUGUGCAGAUUUGUUGAUUUCAGGUAAACGAACUUUACUGUUGUGCCGUUGACUCUAAAUUUUUAAUGUAAUAUGUGUAGUUCUAUGUUCAUGACAAAAUAGUCAUAUGCAUCUGCUCAAGUUUAAGUUGCACGUGUUGAAAAUACUCGACAACUGAGUGAUGCCAGCCGUUCUGUUAAAUCUACUCGCUAGGGGAAUAUUCAUACAUGCCCUAGUGGACAUUCUUCAUCUUGAUAAAUUGCAUGUACGAGAAUUCAUGGUGUACCCCAAGUACUGGGAUUUUUUAUUCUGCUAGGAUACAAGUGUUGCUAGAAAAUGUUGUAUAUCAUAAACCUGUGCCAAAGAAAUGUGACCAAUUUUACAUCCGAGUUUUGUUUUUUGAAAGUUUUUCCUGGCCAAGAUUAGCAAGAGAGUAAUUGGUUUGCUGUAAUAGAUGCUGGUGCUAAUGUACUGAAUGAACAUCUACACAAGUGGCAACUGGAUUUGACAUAAAGGCUCAUCCACAAAAAAGUAGUUUUAGAGGCAAAUAAAGGUCAUAAAAUAUUAAUUUUAGUGCUGAAACUGACAUUUGUAGGAUGUGAUGACUCCUUCCAAACAAACAUUAAAACAUCUUUCUCAGACCAAUAUAUCUCUUAGAAGCAGGGAAAGUGACUAGGUGAAAAUUUAGGUCAAACACAGUAAGUAAUGCAAAGGUGCUAAUGUGUUGUUUUUUUUUGUUAUACUGAUACAGUGCUAAAUAUCGAAAUUAUGAACAGCAAGGCACACAAGACUUCCACUUUGAUGUACUUUAGACGCACAAAACAGCAAGGAAUGAAUUAUGGCUGCACCUCUAUUUCUGUUCUUUAUUGUGAUAUUGUCUUUUGCUUGUAAAUCAAAUAAGUUGAAGAAGAGAAUGUGAAAAUGUUCCUAACUGGGAACCUGACUGGAAAAGGAAGAUACCACAACAGUUCUAAUCAGUUUCGUCACACUGUUUUAUUAUUUACUCUGGUCAAUUGUUGAUGGAUACAUGUACAUUGUAUAAAAGAACUGUCAUUUAAUAAAACUGUGAACAGAUGGAAUGUAUAAAAGAAUAAUUAAUGUUUGUUCAUCACAGGUUCAAAACAAAUCGUAAAUCACAGAUCUAUAUAAUUUAACAAAACUUUUGUUAUAUAUUAACUGGAAUAUACACCAGAGGGUCAAGGUUCUAAUGGUGCUACAUUGGUACACAUACAACGAUAUAUUCAUGAAAGUGAUUUUAGUAUACAGAUUUCGUGUAGUAAUACAUGCAUGACAUAUAUUGUGACUGUGCCUACAUCAAAUGACUGGAGAAUUCAUUGACUGAGAUAAUUUUGAUUCAUGGUUUCAUUACCACAAUAGGUCACCGAGGCUUUUAAAUUGUUAUAUAGUGGAUACUGUAUGUAAAAUGAUCAGAUCAAGAUAUCUAACUCAUGUGUUAGCUCAUGAAAAUUCACUUGUAUUAUAGCUAAUCAAUGAUCAUGAACCAAGACAGAAGAAAACCUUAUAACAAGCAGAACAGCACUUCAUGCAGCAUUUGUAAUGGUCUAUAUACAGGAAAGUUCUAAAAAUUGAGUAUGGUAUCUGUCCAAUAAGCAUUCAGCUGUAUAAAAAAUGAUUUAAAUCACAAUGAUAUCAAAUAAAACACUGUUUUGUGGCAAUGCAUGAAUCACUUUAUCCAUUUUAAGUAGUUUACAUGUACAUUUACCUGUUGAGGAAACAAAAGUGCCCAAGGUAAACAACAAACCUUUAGCAAGUUGCUCUCAGAGUUGGAUGCUAUACUGGUGGGCAACAACCAUAAGACUGACUAAAUAGCCACACCAUCACUGUCAACACACUUACCCCAAGUACUGUGCAGAUCUGAUAUGUUCCUGUACCUAAAAAUACAGUGGACACAGUACAUGUAACCCUUUACAUCCUACAUGUAAACUAUCUCAAACUACAGUGAACACUGCAUCUGUACCUCAUUGUACAGCACACAGCCUACACUGUACACUUUACGUGUACCUCAAUGUACAGCCUAGAUCCUACGUGUGCACUACCUCAGCAGUGUACAAUGUAUAUCUACCUCAAAACACAGUCUACAUCCUACAUUUAUCACAAAACAUACCAUAUAUGUAUUCCAAUAUACAGUGCAUGAAUUUCUUGGCUGACUGGGAAAGUUACAUAGAUAAAUACAUGUAUAUCUUGGUUUAUAUUUCAGAAACUAGGAAUUAUUGUAGAAUACAAAAAACAAACGAAAAAACAAACAUGGAAGUUCUUACUGGAAAAUAUGUGUCCCUCUACAAGAAUAGUGAAAUGAGUGUUCACACUGUAAGGUGCACACCCUACCUGUGCCUUGCACACAUGGUCCAGGCUUUGGUAUUAUAUUAUUUACAAAAUAUUUUUCACCAUAUUACAUAUACCUGUGUAUAAUAUCAUAUCAGCUGUCUUACAGUUUGAUCUAUUUACAAUAUUACUUUCAUUUUACUAUUUAUUUAUUCAUUAUUUAAGUGAACAUAAAGUCAGCCACUAAAGCUGAAUUAUUUAAUAAAGUAGUAUUCCUGAAAUGGUUUAAAAAUAUUUUUAAAAUUCUACAUUGUUUAUCAACAAAAUAAGUAGCCAACAAUCUACAGUACCUAGCCACGCAUUCCGUGAUGCCAUUUUGCCAUGUUGUAGCUAUUUUGAGUGACGUCACAAAACCUAGAAGCUCCGCCCGUACCAUCGGUAUUAAACAAUGUGACAAUGAGAAAAUACAAAUAAAAACGCCUGAUACCCAACCAAAAAGUACCAGCUCUGUUUGGUAUUCAAAGUGUCGAUGUUUGUUUUAGUUUGGCACUGGGUCAGGGCGAUGUUUGUGGACAUAAGCAUCAAGUGUUAGCAAUCCUUCUCCUCGUUCUGCAUGGAUGUCAGCAUUUGGUUUAACUGGCUGUACUGACUUCAAUGAAAUUACCGAACAUAGCAGGACCUUCUGACUGAUAAAAGACUCUUUCAUUCAGAAUUUUUGUUGUAAAUCUGACAUUGCUGAGAAAAAAUAAUACUAAGUCACAGUAUUUUUUUUUUAAGCAAUGACUCUACCUAGGUGGUGGUCUUGCCAGCUCAUCCUGACAAUAUCAACCUGACCGCAGCAUCCUGCCCAACAUGUAUGAACUGUGACACGGGCAGCCAUUCUCAGUUGCCUGCUCAUAAAUGUGUGUCCAAAAUGCAUCAGUUUAACAGUUAAACUGACCACAAAAUCCGAUUUAUUGCAUCAAUAUCUGUCUAUCCACUAAAAGAAAUCACAGUGACAAUUAUGAGUUAAUAGUUUUUUUGACAUGGGAGCCAAUUAUCAUGUGACGCUUUCAGCGCUAGUGAUUGGUCAAGUUCAUAAGAGCUUUUACAAAAUGGCUCUUCAGAGUGAAUUGUCCAUCUGUGCCACAUCCCAAAUGCCUUCAUCUUCUCAGCUUUCAAAACUUUAUAAAAUUUUUUUACAUAUUUUCUGUGCUAACAUUUAUCAUUUUUAGUAUGUAUAUAUAGUGGCAGACUUUAAGUUCACUUUAAUACUAUUAUUUUGUAAUCAGAUUUUCACAAAAAAUGCUCCUUGGUUAAAAGAAUGCUUCAAUGUCAUGAGAAUACCUAAACAAGGCAUAAAUAAUUAGCAUAUUUAAUAAGCACUUGUUUCACCACUACUUAUAUUUACACAGUAACAAAAACUUUUCCUGGUCAAACAUUUGACACAAAAGUAGACAAAAGAAAGUAUUUCAAGCUAUUGAUCUCCAUGGAUAUUAUUACAAUACAUAUAAUGGACAUGUUUUACCCUUGGUGUUAUGACUACUACUUGUAUAUAAACAAUAUAUACCAAUAAGUUACUUACCAACAAUAGUUAAUUCUUAUACAAAAAUGUCAUGUAACAUGCUUUUGGAUACUCUGGUGAGCUAUUUGGAGUAUGUUUCUACUCAAGUUUGCAAACAAGUGAAUACUGGAACACUAUAUGAUUAAUCUAAAACAACCCUUCAUACAACCUACACAACCUACAUACAUCACACAACCUAUUCACCUUGCAUGUUUAACCCUGUACAUAUACAUGUAUUCUCUCGCAAGAAUUGUAUGUAGGUGAAUUCAAUGCACCAAUGCUGUUAGACAUGAUAAAAAUAUCAAUUUAAUACCUGCAUAAAAUCUAUUAAUACCAGUACACAUUAA